AUGAGCAAGAAGCAGGACACGCUCUGGACAGCGUUCAGACGGCAGCAACAACCAUGCAAGAAGCGCCAGAAAGUACAGAGGGCGCUAGACGAGACGGAGACGUCUGUAGCUCGACGGAAACUGCGCGAUGUGGUCGUGGACAGAGAUGAGGCAGACGAAGCAGAGAUGGAGACAGCAAGUGCCGUUGUCGUAGUGGAAGAGGGCGAGGGUUGGGGGCCCCGGACGCAAGAGACGCCAAUGGAAACGUUCAAGCUGAACGAGAGAAAAGAGAUUAAGGAUAGCGUCCAUGGACUCAUGACGUUUGAGCCCAUUUGCAUGCGAAUCAUUGACACUCUGCAGUUCCAGCGACUCCGCAACUUGCACCAACUUGGAGCUGCCAACUUUGUGUACAUUGGUGCAACGCACUCUCGCUUCGAGCAUUGUCUUGGAGUGGCGCAUUUGGCUCAAAAGAUGAUUGAAAGUAUUCGCUCGCAUCAGCCGUGGCUGUCAAUUACAGUCCAGGACGUUACGUGCAUUAAGGUUGCAGGGCUGUGCCAUGAUUUGGGCCACGGACCGUUCAGCCACGUGUUUGAUGGAUUGUUUCUCGACCAACUACGAAAGCAGAAACUCGUCGACGCGUCGUUUGAGUGGUCGCAUGAGCGAGGAUCGGUGGACAUGUUUGACUUUUUGCUUUGGAAGAACAAGAUCUGCGUCGAGGAUUAUGGCUUGACUCAGCAAGAUGUGUUGUUCAUCAAAGAGCUCAUUUGGGGAGGACCGUUACCAGAGUCGGACGGUGUUCUACACGGACGGCCGUUUCGGGAUCAGCGAUUCCUGUACGACAUUGUCAAUAAUGCCCACUCUGGGCUGGACGUGGACAAGCUCGACUACUUUAUGCGCGACUCCCUGCACACGGGUGCCAAAAUGUCGUGUGACACGGACUUGCUCAUCCGCAACGCGCGAGUACUCGUCGAUCAAGAAGACCCGGACAAAAACAUGGCUAUUUGUUUUCCCGAGAAGCUGGCAGGACAGGUCAUGCAGGCUUUUCGCACGCGCUAUGAGCUUCACCAAUCUGUAUACCAGCACAGAGGAGUUCGUGCUAUUGACUAUAUGCUUUGCGACUUACUGGUCUCCGCGAACGACAGUUUGCUAUUCAAGGGACAGCGGAUCUCAGAGAUCAUGCAAUCAAUGGAGGCUUAUCAGCAUUUUGAUGACCGAGUGCUGCUAAAAAUACAGGAAAGCGAUGGCCCUGACCUCCAUGUGGCCCGGUCAAUAUUGAAUCGCAUUUACUCGAAACCGUAUUACAGCUUCGUCGGCAAAACAGCAUCGACAGUUCACUCGCAGCCGAAAUCGGCGGACAUGCUCUUGGAGGAAGUGCUGCAUUGCUCAACCCGUCGGUCACUGAUAAACGAAAAAGAUGCGGUCAUUCUGGAGUUUAUGCGUGUUCACUACGGAAAAGGGAAGGAGGAUCCUCUUCAGUACGCUCGAUUUUACUCGAAAAAUGCAACGGCAAGCUCCAGAUGCUUUCGCUUGCCCGAGUGUGCGUACGAAAUGUUCAGCCCGCAGAAAUUUGAGGAGUGCUCGAUUCGAAUGUUCGUGAAAGAAACACAUUUGGUUUUACCAGUUCGCGAGGCGUUUGAGAGAUGGUGCUGCAAGUAUAACAAAUCACAAGCGUUUCCGCUGCGAUUCCACACGUUGCUGAAAUGGAAUGGUAACCAAGAAACCUAG